AUUGAGAGACAUGAUAACUGUGCAUAUGACUACUUGGAAAUUCGAGAUGGAACAAAUGAGAACAGUCCUUUAAUUGGUCACUUUUGUGGCUAUGACAAGCCAGAAGACAUUAGAUCUACCUCUAAUACCCUGUGGAUGAAGUUUGUUUCUGAUGGAACCGUUAAUAAAGCAGGGUUUGCAGCUAACUUUUUUAAAGAGGAAGAUGAAUGUGCCAAACUUGACAAUGGUGGCUGUGAGCAGCGCUGUGUAAAUACUCUGGGCAGUUACCAGUGCGCCUGUGAUCCUGGCUAUGAGCUUGGUCCUGACAAAAAGAGUUGUGAAGCUGCUUGUGGAGGACUCCUGACAAAGCUAAAUGGGACUAUAACCACACCAGGGUGGCCCAAAGAGUAUCCUCCAAACAAAAACUGUGUGUGGCAGGUGGUUGCUCCAACGCAAUACCGAAUUUCAAUAAAGUUUGAGUUUUUUGAGUUGGAAGGGAAUGAAGUUUGCAAAUACGAUUAUGUGGAGGUUCGUAGUGGCCUUUCUUCUGAUUCUAAACUACAUGGUAAAUUCUGUGGUACAGAAGUGCCCGAAGUUAUCACCUCUCAGUACAACAACAUGCGCAUUGAGUUCAGAUCUGACAACACUGUGUCAAAAAAAGGCUUCAAGGCACACUUCUUCUCAGACAAGGAUGAGUGUUCGAAGGACAAUGGUGGCUGCCAGCAUGAGUGCAUCAACACGGUAGGAAGCUACGUUUGCCAGUGCCGAAAUGGAUUUGUGCUACAUGAAAACAAACAUGACUGCAAGGAGGCUGAGUGUGAACAGAAGAUCCAUAGUCCCAAUGGCAUCAUCACGAGUCCCAACUGGCCUGACAAGUAUCCCAGCAGAAAGGAGUGCACGUGGGAAAUCAGUGCCACCCCUGGGCAGAGGGUCAAAUUGACCUUCAAUGACUUUGAGAUAGAACAACAUCAAGAAUGUGCAUAUGACCACUUGGAAGUGUUUGAUGGUGAAAAUGAAAAAUCACCAAUUCUGGGACGCUUAUGUGGCAAUAAGAUACCAGAGCCUCUUAUUGCUACUGGAAACAAAAUGUUUCUCCGUUUUAUUUCUGAUGCAUCAGUUCAAAGAAAAGGCUUCCAAGCAACACACUCUACAGAGUGUGGUGGUCGACUGAAAGCUGAAGCCAAGCCCAGAGAUCUGUACUCGCAUGCUCAGUUUGGUGACAACAACUAUCCGGUUCAGGCGGACUGCGACUGGCUCCUGGUGGCAGACCGUGGCUAUAGAGUUGAGUUAAUGUUUCAGACUUUCGAGGUUGAAGAAGAGGCAGAUUGUGGUUACGAUUACAUGGAGCUUUUUGAUGGUCAUGAUAAGACAGCUGUGAGACUUGGUCGAUUUUGUGGAUCUGGGGUAAGUAACCAGGUACUAAACUUAGGAGAAGCUCUUUUACUUCACUUUCACACUGAUGAUACGAUCAACAAGAAAGGAUUUCAUAUACGAUACAGAAGUAUAAAAUAUCCAGAUAGUGUGCACACCAAAAAAUAACACAAGAACCUCUAUGCCAGAAAAGGAGAGUGAGAAAGAAAGAACGCACAGUGGAAAGGAAGGCAGGCAUGUCUUUUUUUUUUUUAAACUGAAGUUAUUAGCACAAAUUUUUUAUA